CCUUCACCCCGUGAGUUGGUGCCAAACACAAGCAACAUGUCGAGCGAAGUGGAGUAUGACUGCAUAGUGAUCGGGGCCGGGGUCCAAGGCUCCUUCACGGCCUAUCAGCUGGCAAAAAGGAACAAGAAGACUCUUCUGCUGGAGCAGUUUGUCCUGCCCCACACACGAGGAAGCUCCCAUGGCCAAACCCGCAUCAUCCGCAAGGCCUACGAGCAGGACUUCUACACCCAAAUGAUGGAUGAGUGCUACAAGCUGUGGUCCCAGCUGGAGAGGGAGGCGGGUGUCACACUGUACAGACAAACAGGCCUCCUGGUGAUGGGACCAGAGCACAGUGACAGUUACCUGCUGUAUAAGAACACCAUGGAGAGGAACAAUGUCCCCAUGGUGGUUCUGACCCCUGAAAACUUCAGCCAGCACAUCCCCAAUGUCAUCCUGGCUGAAGGAGAUGGAGCGCUGGUGGAUAUAAAUGCUGGAGUCCUGUAUGCUGACCGUGCACUCAAGACUGUACAGGGGCAGUUUCAGAAGCUGGGUGGGGUCAUAAGAGACAAAGAGAAGGUGACGGACAUCACGCCUGGCCCUGUUGUGACAGUUUCAACCUCUGCUGGUGUUUAUCGAGCCAAGAGCUUGGUGAUCACCGCUGGACCCUGGGCUAAUAAACUGCUGGCCCACAUUGGAUUGCAGUUGCCACUGAAGGUGCAGAAGAUCAACGUGUGCUACUGGAAAGAGAAGGUUCCUGGAACAUAUGACGUGAAGAAGCGCUUUCCCUGCUUCCUGCAGACUGAGGGUGAGGAAUCUGAUAAGCACAUCUACGGCCUCCCGUCCAACGAGUACCCCGGCCUGGUUAAGAUUUGCUACCAUAUCGGAGGUGAGACAGACCCAGACCACAGAGACAAGCAGACAGACAGGUCUGAUAUCGGCAUCCUCCAGCGCUACGUAGCCCGCUGUUUUCCUGGCCUCAUCCCCGAGCCGGCUGUGGUGGAGAGCUGCAUGUACACGCUAACGCCUGACAGUCAUUUUGUGCUGGACUGCCACCCUGCCUACAGCAACAUUGUGUUUGGAGCUGGAUUCUCAGGUCACGGCUUCAAGUUCGGACCAAUCAUUGGCAAGCUCCUGUGUGAGCUCAGCCUGGGAGAAGUGCCCUCCUAUGACCUGUCACCUUUCCGAAUCAGGCGCUUCCAGGGAAACACCAAAUCAGCUUUAUAGAGCUGGACCUGUGCCAGUGCAGCAUAAACAGAUCAAAUGUAAUUUUAGCUGCAGCAUGGUAAUUCAGCCCUAAGUUUUUAUACACAAAAACAAAAUGACACAUGUUUUGUCUGCUGCUUUUUGUGAAGAAAUCAGUUUGUGUUUCCACCGCCGCAUUGUGAAAUCAGAUGUGUAGCGCUAAUGCAGCAUGAUGGUCAGUGUGUUCAUACGCAGUUAGGAAACUGGUUAACAGUCUGCAGCUUUUUGAUGAUUAAAAACAACUCUUGUGUCUGUAUGCUGAAUAUAAAAAUACAGAAAGUGGUUAUCUUAGCUUAAAUGGGCAUAUACUGGAACACAGGAAAACACAUAAUGAGCCUUGCUCUGUCAGAAAAAGUGGCUACCAGGUCACCUCCUACCUCGUCGCUACUCAAGUGGCCUUGUUGCAGCUCUGAUUCUGAUACCAGCACUUUCACAUUUUGCUGAUUACUGUAACACUUUGGGUUUUAUCGAUCCAUAUACAAACUUACAUUUGCAAACUAACAUAUUGGGGUUUUACACAUAGUUAUGUGCAGAAACUAGCAGAACACUUCAUAUCAUUUUAUACUUCUGCCUUUUCCUUGCAUACAACUCAGAUACAACAUGUGAAGUAGUGACAUUUAAAGGUGCUGGGAGCUUUUUGAACAACAAUGUUUAAGCUUCCAGUAAUUGCUGGUCAGUUAAGAUAACCACCUGGAUGCUCUAGCAAAAACAAAGAUCUGAAUUUUCAAGGGAUUUUCAGGCGAUCUUCAGCAUCCAUUGGGACCAUAGAGCAUGCGCACUUGGGUUUCUCCUAAGCCCCCGCUUCCAAUCCGCUCCAUCACAUAAGUGUCAUUUCUGGUCUCGCUCAAUCAAAUGAAUGGAAUGGGAACAUUUGAAUGUGUGUGAAAGGGUACCAUGUUUUAGCCAAGAAGCAGGAAACGUGAGGCGAAACAACAGUCGGCUCUAUUGCAACUAGUUCUUUGAUGUUUGUGUGUCAGGGCCUUUAGCCAUUCAAAGGGUGAUAGAAAAUGACCAGUAGCUUCUCAAAAUGUCCAAUUUUAAAAGUGAGCUUUUGUAUUUUUGUAUAUUUCACAUUGUUUAAAAGUUUCCAUGAAAAAAAGCUGGGCUAUUUGAACAGAGCCGUCCCUCUCAGUGCAUGAAAAUGUCUUCAAUUUCCUGCGUAAUAUUGUUUCUCAGAGCUACUGGGUUCUACUGGGAAAUGGACACCCAUCAGUAGUAGGUUGUCACCAAUGGCUGUCUAGCUCAGCUACAUAUGGAGCUACAGCACUCACAUAUACAGUAGUUAUAUUCACUACUGUUUUAAACCAUGGUGCGCUUUAUCCACAAUGUGUUACUGUAUGACAUUCAACACACAUUAAACAGAUUGUUGUUUAAAUGAAAGAUGAAACAAUCUUUUCAAUGAUAAGUCCAGCUGUCCUCACAAAGGGGACGUACCUUACGUAAUGAACUAGAAAUAAAUGAAUACUGCCUUGAUUCUGACCAGAGGACCAACAUCAACAACUACAGUCUAAUAUUGUUGUGCAAUUGUAAAUCCAGCCAUCUGUGACAAAUGAUAAUAAAAAAAAACUAUAAUCGUA